AUGUUCUUGUCUAAGCUCUUUUACCUAAGCAAAAAAGAUGACUUAGUAGGUGUUUCAUUUUACUCAAAUACCUUUCCUGAUUCUAUGAUUACAGUUGCUCCUUCAAGAUUAGCAAAUUAUGCCAAUUCAGCAAAAGAAACAUGCAAUGGAUUAAAAAAUUUAGAAAAUUAUGAUGCGAGAUGCAGGCCAUGGUAUAAAAAUGCCUAUAUUAAUAACAGGUUGGUUUAUUCUGCUCCUUUUCUACUGCAGUCAACUUUUGUGGUUGGAUUUACAGCUACUUAAAGAUUGAAUGCUAAGGAUGGCUCUUUUAUUUCGAUGUUUAAUUAAAAUUUGGAUUUGAAAAAUAUCAAAUCUAAAAUAUUUGCUCCAUAAGAUAUUUAUGAUGAAAGCGACUCUCAGGAGGCUUACACAAUUCUAAUUUAUUUCACAAAUCAGACUGUUUAUCAUCACAGGUAUUGGGAUCCAUCUAGUUAAGUUUUGAAAUCUUGGAUAGAUAUAGAGUACAACUCAUCAGUAUCAUUUGACCCUUAAGAUAAAAUUAAUUUUAACAACUCAGUUAAUUAUAUUUCUUAAUUUGCUUAAAAUGGAAGUUACAAUAUUGUAUCAAGAGUUAACACUACCAAUUUCUUUUUUAAAUUCAAGAGAUAAAAUGAAACAUAUUUAUCGAUUCUUUACCCUGUUAUGGUUAUGAGUAUUUAGAGCUCUUUUACUAAAGAAAUUAUUUAUAAUAAACCUAUGCUAAUAGGGAGAGUUUAAAAAGAUAGAACUCACAUCUUGGAAGAAGUAACUUUGCAGUUUUUACCAUUAAAUUCUAUGAUCUUAAAAAUUGAGCUUGGUUUGGUAUUUGUGUGGCUUUUAUUUAACUUAUUACAUUUUACUAUCGUUCUCUAUAAAACAUAAGAAAUUCCUUUGCAAAAAUUAAUUUAAGCAAUAAAAAACAAUACAAUUAUUCAAAAUGAAAACUAAAAAAAUAAAGCCAAUUCUCAGAAAGCUACAAACAACUAUAUCAAUAAUGAUAAUAAUAAUAAUCUAAGUCAGAGCUAAAUGAAAAAAUACUAUGCAAAAGAUGAAUACCCUUCUCUUUCUCUAGGAAAGAAUAACAAUAACAUCAAUCAAUCCUCUGCUCUUAACAAAUAUCAAUAAAAUAAUCAAAAAUUAAAUAAGUCAAUAUUUAAAUAAAGUUAAAUUUUUACUCAAUUAUAAAAUUCCAAAGAAAAUAUCUCUCAACUGUAACUCCUAGCGAAAUUCACUUAAUAGCAAAAUGAAGACAAUAUUAUUAAAAAUUUAAAUUAACUCAAAUAAGAAACUAAUAAAACUGAAGAAAUGCAAAUAUUGAACUCAUCUUUUCAUUCUUCUCUUUAACCUUCCAAAAAUUGUAGAGAACAUAUGGAUGAAGAAGAUUAAUUAAUAGGGCUGGAUGAUGUAGAUUUAACAUUUGUUGAAAUGUAAAUUAUUGUACAUUCGAUUAAAGGCAUAUUUAAUCUUUUAAAGCUUGCAAAAAUGAAUAGUCUAAUGGGAAACAAUGAUAUUUCAAUCCUCCAAUUUUACCAAGCUUUGGAUAUUUUUAUUUAAGUUAAAAAUUUUUCUUAACAAAUAAUUUGCUAUGAACAGAUAGGAAAUCAAUAUCUUAAAAUACAAAAAUAUAGUGAAGCAGCUGACUCUUUUCAAUCAGCUCUUACAAUUAUCCUAUAAUAACUUGAUUUUGUUUCUUAUGGAUAAGUUUUGGAUAAUUUAGGUGAGGGAAAUUUAAAUAAAGAAAAUAAAUAAUUAUAUUUAGAUCUUGCCUUCGAUUUAAAAAUGUUAGCUAUAGCUUAAAACGAAGAGUGUAAUUAUAACUUGGAAAAGAAAAGUUUUUAAGAUCUAAAUUUAGAAAUCAGUUCCCUUAAAAAUAUAAAUUAUGCAAUUCAAAUAUACCAAAAUUUUUAAAAUGAUAUCGAAGUAUAAUUUAAACUUAUUUAAGCUGAGUUAGUAAAGGCAAAGAUUCUUUUUAUUAAAAAUAAAGUUAUUGCUUUAAACUACUGCAAUCAUUUAGAAUUAGAAAUCACAGCCAAUUUAAUGAUUAAUAAUUAAAUUGAUUAAUGCUUCAAUAAAAAUGUUUUCAAAUUUGAACAAAGUCUGAUUUGCGAAUAGGUUUUAUAGUAGAUCUUCUUAAUUAAGUAAAAAAUUAAUCUAUACUUCAGAAAUUAUGAAACUGGUUUAUAAAAUUUAUCAGAUUUUUUAGAAAAUAAUGAAUUUAUUUUGGAAAUAGCAAAAUAUGACUCUCUUUAAUUGAUAAACUAGAUUUAAGAAAAAACAAAUGUUGAAAAAGAUCCAUUUUUAAAAUAUGAAUUAGAAAAAUAUAACAAAACGAAGAUAAAUAUGUGGAUAGUAAUAGAAGUUGAUCCUUAAUCAAAUAUUUUUCAAUUCGAAAGAUAUUAAUAUUAGAUUAAUUAGAUUAUUAAUACACUAAAUGAAGACGAUGUCGUUUAAUUUAUCAUUUAUGAUUCUCAGAUCUAAUUCAAUAGCUGUGAAUUUAACUCUAAAAAUAAAUUAUAUUUGCAUUUAUGCUUCAGGGAAUUUAGAAACUUGCAAGUGUAGCAGAUAUUUUAGCUUUAAUGCAAAUACUUAAUAGAUUGGGUUGAAAUAUUUUCCUAUACUCUGAGUAAAAUGCAAUCUAAAAUCCAAAAUAUUCCUAAUCAAUUAAAAUAAAAGAAUUUAAAAAGUGCAAAUAGUUAAUAUAAUAUUGUUGAAAAAUAAAUAGUACUAUUGCUUACAAGCAAUUCAAAUUCUAACUUAAAAAAAAAUAAAUUGCCUUAAGCUGUUACAUUUUGGUAAAAAAUUAUAAAUGAUUUUGAGAAAAACCAGUAAAAAGUAUAUUUCUAUCAUUUUAAAAAUUCACAAAGCUAUAACUCAGAUACAUUAUAUUCAGCUUAAAAUCUGAAUGAUCAAAAUAUUAUUAACUUAAAAGAAACAAUAGAAACAAAUCGUUUUAGUCUUGGUAAUAGUACUUUAAACCCUAAUUAAAUACGUUCAUAGACUAUUUCAACUCGUAAAAAUACAAGAAGCAUUUAAGACCAUAAACCAAAUUUAAAAAAACAUUAAAGCAAGGAAGGGAAAGAAAUCUAGCAAACAGAAAACUUCAAUUCUGACUAAAACAACCAAAAUAAUGAAAUAGAAGUAGAUAAUGACAUCAUCAUAUCUGAAUUAUUUUAAGGAUUAGGGAUAAAUUAUUUAAAAAGUUCAGACUAUUCAUAAAUACUCUCUUAAAUAAAAAAUUUAAGGUACAAAAAUAGUUAAUAUUAUUCAAGCGGGAUUUAUUGA